AUGUCAAAUGCAAGUGAAGUGUUUAGUGUAGGCUAAAAGUAGUUAAUAUGUUUAGGUAGAGCAAUCUUAAAAAAGAGUAAGCUUUUAAUUUUAGAUGAAGCUACAGCCAAUGUAGACAUGGUGACUGAUGAUUUAAUUUAAAGAAAAAUCAAAGAAAGAUUCAUAAAUUCAACUGUAAUAACUGUAGCACAUAGACUUAAUACUAUUGCUGAUUAUGAUAUGGUAAUAGUAAUGGAUAAAGGUAAAGUUAUUGAGUCUGGUGAUCCCUACAUACUACUUUAGCAAGAUUCUAGUUACUUUAAAGCUAUGGUAAACCAUACUGGAAAGAAAAAUGCUAAAACUAUUAUGGAUAUUGCAAAAUAGGCACAUUUAUAAAAAAAAAAAGAUUAACAUUGA